AUGAAAUGGGCAUCAACUUUACUCUAUAUUUUUACCUUACAAAUUGCCAAUGUUCUGAGUGAAGAUUGUGAGGAUAUAUCGCCGGAUUGUGUCUUGUUAAUUAGAUACUGUACCAGUCGAAUCUAUGCGGCCUUUUUGGAACAAGCGUGUCCGAGGACAUGCUCGUAUUGCAAGGAUCAAUGCGAGGAUCGGUUUGUAAAGUAAGUAUUUUUAUACAUACAAUCGGUUUAUUAUAUUUAGUUGUCCCUACUGGAAGAGAAAUGGCUUUUGUACGUUGAAUUUUUACACAAAGUACUUCAUGAUGUUAUAUUGUUCAAAAAGUUGUGAUUACUGCGAUAAACGUGACAUCAUGAUAAUGGAAACAACGCAACCGCCGGUCGAAGAUACCACAACCAUCAGAGAAGCCCUUACUUCAACUAUAAAUACAGAGUCAACGGUUAUAGUGGCAAGCCCGACUAUGAUUUCGUCAACAACUGGAUUAACGAAUACUCAGCAGACUACAACAACGGUUGUUCAGUUGACGAGUAGCCCAGUCGACACCACGACAGGCGUGGCGGAUUCAACAACGGCAAAUAUCGAUAGUACCACAACAAACGCAGAUACCACAAAAACGGCUAUUGAUUCUACAACAACUUUGGCUGAUACGACUAUCACAAAUUCAGACACGACCACCACAAACAUGGCUACUACAACGAUGAUAAUAGAGACCACAACGACUAUGUUAGAUACGUCAAGUACAAGCCAAGCAAGCACAACGACGACGGUCGUUGACACCUCUACAACUACCACGCAAGGCACAACAACGGUAGUUAUGGAUACCACUUCAACGUUAAUAGACACCUCAACAACGUCUCAAUCGGAUACAACAACAACAAAUCCGGAUACCACAACAACAAUGAUCGAUACCGCAGCUACAAGUUUGGAUACUUCAACCACCAGUAAACCAGAUACUACAACAGCUGCAAUGGACACAACCACGACUCGUAUGGAUUCUACAACCACUCUAGCGGAAUCAACGACCACCGCAAUAGACAGCACAACAACAAAUCCGGAUACCACAACGAAAACCAUGGAUACUACGUCAUCUCUUGUCGAUACCUCGACAACGUCUCUGACCGAUCCCACUACUACAGUUGCUGAUACCACAACCACUCUCAUAGAUACGACGACCACGGUUAUUGACACUUCUACAACGCCGGCAGAUACAACAACGACUAUCGUGGAUUCUACUACCACUCCUGUAACGGAGACGACAACUACUGCCGUUGAUACUACAACAGCUGUAGCCGAUUCUACUACGACAUUGAUAGACACAACAACUACCAUAAUUGAUACAACGACUACUGUCAUGGGGACAACAGCAAAGGUCGAUUCUACAACAACCUUGGCUGAUACUACAACCACAAUGAUCGGCACAACUACAACUGUCAUGGAUACUUCCACAAUAUCUCAACCAGAUACUACAACCAUUGUAAUAGAUACCACAACAACAGUUAUUGACACGACAACAACAGUAGCAGAUACGACUACCACAGUAAUGGAUACUACAACAACUGCCAUUGAGACCUCCACAACAUCCCAACCAGAUACUACAACCACCGUAAAGGACAGCACAACGACAAUUAUUGACACGACAACAACAGUAACAGAUACGACCACCACAGUAAUGGACACAACAACAACAAUUGCUGGUACGACAGCAACAAUAGCAGACAUGACUACCACAGUAAUGGACACAACAACUACUGCCAUGGACACAACUUCCAUUGAUACCUCCACAACAUCCCAACCAGAUACUACAAACACCGUAAUGGACAGCACAACAACCUUUGUUGAUACAACAACAACAAUUGCGGAUACGACUACCACAGUAAUGGACACAACAACUACCAUGGAUACCUCCACAACAUCUCAACCAGACUCUACAACCAUAGUGAUCGACACCACAACAACAAUUAUUGACACGACAACAAUAACAGCAGAUACUACAACCACAGAAGUAGACACUACAACAACAGUUAUUGAUACGACAACGACAAUAACAGAUACGACUACCACAAUAAUGGACACAACAACAACUGCCAUGGAUACAUCCACAAUGUCCCAACCAGAUACUACAACCACCGCAAUGGACAGCACAACAACCUUUGUUGAUACGACAACAACAAUAGCGGAUACUACAACCCCAGUGGUAGACACCACAACAACAGUCAUUGACACGACAACAACAAUAUCAGAUACGACUACCACUGUAAUGGACACUACAACAACUUUUGUUGAUACCACGACAACAUUGGCAGAUACGACUACCACAGUAAUGGACACGACAACAACAAUAGCAGAUACUACAACCAUUGUAAUAGAUACCACAACAACAGUUAUUGACACGACAACAACAGUAGCAGAUACGACUACCACAGUAAUGGAUACUACAACAACUGCCAUUGAUACCUCCACAACAUCCCAACCAGAUGCUACAACCACAGAAGUAGACACUACAACAACAGUCAUUGACACGACAACAACAAUAGCAGAUACGACUACUACAAUAAUGGACACUACGACUACAUUUGUUGGUACCACAACAACAUUAGCAGAUACGACAGCCACAGUAAUGGACACGACAACAACAAUAGCAGAUACUACAACCACAGUAGUGGACACAUCAACAACUGCCAUUGAGACCUCCACAACAUCCCAACCAGAUACUACAACCACCGCAAUGGACAGCACAACAGCCUUUGUAGAUACGACAACAACAAUAGCAGAUACUACAACCACAGAAGUAGACACUACAACAACUGUUAUUGACACGACAACGACAAUAACAGAUAAGACUACCACAGCAGUGGACACAUCAACAACUACCAUUGAGACCUCCACAACAUCCCAACCAGACUCUACAACCACAGUAAUCGACACCACAACAACAAUUAUUGACACGAUAACAAUAACAGCAGAUACGACUAACACCGUUGCUGAUACGACGACGACAAUGAUGGAUACUACAACAACCAUCGCCGACACGACCACAUCAAAUCAGGCUUCAACUACUACGGUUAUGAAUCCGACAACCAGUCUGGCGGACACUACAACGACAAUGGUCGAUACGACAACAGAGACCAUGGAUACCACAACAACGAUAAUGGACUCUUCAACUAAAACACUUGCCGAGACAACGACAACUGUUGUGGACACCACAACGACGGCUAUGGACUCCAUCACCACCUUGGCAGAUACUACGGCGGUCUUAAUGGACACAACUACAACAAUUGCAGCCACGACCACCACUAUGGUCGACACAACAACGACUGUUAUGGACACCACUACAAGUACGUUGACUUCCGUCAAAAUUAAGCAUGCAGUUCCUGUCACACCUAGUACUAUAGCUACUCAAUUAGACUCUUCAAUUUCGAAUACGCAACAGAACAAUUUACAUAAUCUCAAUUACUAUUUUCGCAAUGUUAGCAUUGGUCUGUUCCCGGUUUCCCACUUUUUUAAAUUAUGGAAAAGAAAUUGGAAAAAUUAUGGAAAAAAGUUUGACAAUUAUUUUCGCACAUUCCGUGAUUAUAAAGAGUAAUAAAUUAGUUGUAACGACAGCCUGUAUUGCUUUUUUUGUGGUAUUCCCCCUUACAAUAUCUAUGCAGACCUUUAAACUUAUAUUUUCAGUGGACACCACAACCACAGUUAUGUCUAGUACAAAUACAAUGGCUGAGACUACUAGCACGAUGUCUAUGACGUCUACAACUACAGUAUAG